UGAGAUUGCCAUAGGCUGAUAGACAGCAAACAUCUGAAUAUCGAGGUACUUACUUUGAUUAAUUUUUCGUUUCCAACCCCUGUAGUACAUAUAUAUAUUUAUUCUCUGCUCGCCAGACCUUACUUAAAUUUUGCUAGUCAACACAAACAGAUCCACUUCCACAUGAUACAUUUUCCUGAAGGCUCACUUUGUCCGUUCAUAUAUGAUUGUGUAGCAGCAAUUUCACUGAGCACUCUCUCGAUACGUACGCCGCCCUGUAAACUCCGUUUAUGUUUAUUAGCAUUACGCUGCAUGCAGGACAAUUACGAUGUGUGCCAUGUUUUCUGGACAACAAAAUCCGCUGCAGGUCGCAGAUGACAACCGUGUGUUACUGGGUAGCUGGGCAAACAAAACGCAGGUCUUUGUACCGAUAAGUGCAGCGGAUGUUAAGCAGGAACCCGGAACCUGCAACUGGCAGUACCGACAAGCUGCAGAAAAAGUGCAAUGCAACACGUGCUCCAAAUUAUAUGCCAGCAAAAAGAGCCUAAAGAUACACAACCGCAUCCACACUGGUUACAAACCAUAUGCUUGCCCAAUAUGUCCCAAGCGUUUCACACAAACCAACGUCCUGAAAGCACACAUCAAUUACCACACCGGACGUCGCGACUGGUUAUGCAAAAUCUGUGGCAAGGCCUUCACUCAGUCGGCACAUUUGCGAACUCACGAAAAGACCCAUUCGAAUCGCAAGGAUUACCAAUGCCCGUAUUGCCAACACAAUUUCAGCUGCAAAGGUGUACGCGACCGGCACAUCCGUCAGCAUACGGGAGAAAAGCCUUACAAAUGCUUGCUCUGUGAGAAACGAUUCACGCGCGGUGAGUCACUGAAAUUUCACGAGAACGCCCAUCAGGGCAUCCGACCGUACAGCUGCCCACACGAACACUGCCGGAAGACGUUCACCAAACAGUCCAGCCUGAAGCGCCACAUCCGCUCCGCACACAGCGGACUGGCAUCCAGCUUCCGCGUCCGUUCGGCCAAAUUCAGCUCACCACUCGCUCACGUAUCCGGCUGUUCGGCUAUCUUCCCGACAACAGUGGCUUCGCCCAGCGCCAACAGUGACUGUGUAUCAACAACCGGCUCAUCCACGGCGGGCCCGGACAGUCCAUUUGUCAUUAAGAUGGAGGAACUCGACGAGGACGACACCGAAGACCAGCUGCUGCAGAACAUGAUCCAAAGUCUGAGUGCCGCUGAACUGGAUCGCCUGGAUCAGUAUUUGGGUUUAAGCAGCACUGAUGCCUCGCUGGAGUCAUUUUUGAAUGGAAGUGGUGGAGAAGUGUUUGAUAGUUUUGUAAAAAUGGAAGUGGAUGCUAACGAUGUAGCUCGUCCAGGCACUGCUUACCCAACACAGAAUUACAACGGGCCUGCUUACAGCGGGCAUUAUGGGAUGAAUAUGUGGGAUCCGGUGGACUGGGAGAUGCCGGAGCACAAGGUUUUUGAUCGACCAUGUAUGUCGGGUUGCGAUUACGACAGAAAAUUCCCGUUAUAUCAAAUGAGCGGAAGUUCAGUGUAUUGCCCCGGUCCACACAACUUACCGUAUUCCACUGGUUUUUAAAACCAUCAGUUGUGCUUCAACUUUAGCCAUUGGAAUCAUUAUAUAUCAUAUCGCGCUUCACAUCGAAUCACAUGACAUGGUUUUUGUACAGAUAGCGGGACGGUUGCAGUAUGGUCGGUGUGUAAACUCAUGAGGAGGAGAUUCGCGAAAGCUCAGAAGGUCAGGAAGCCACAAGGCUUCCCUUUGGAUUGUUGGAUUGUGAUAUUGCUGGAUCUUCAUUUGUUUUGUACGAUAAGCUUUUAACAAGUUUCGUCUUGGCUGUGCACAGCUUGUUAUUCGUUAUACAUGUUCGUAUUUCUGCAUUCCUGUAAUUAGUGGGAUCGUGGUUUGAGUAGUAGUUCUAUAAGUACUUUUUUUGUUUGCCUGUAGAAGUAUUAAUCGUAAAUUGAAAUUGUUGCUUUUGUAACGAUUUUUCGACUUUUCGUCACUGCCGUGUUUCAAGUUUUUCGUUAUCCAAUCAGGCAAUCAUUAGGUAAGGUUACAGCCGCACACAUUGUGCGUUUAUGUUCACAGUGUUACGUUUCAAUAAAAUAGGUAUUUGAA